UCUUUCUCUGCCUCUUCUACUCUUCCUCUCUUGCGUGUGUUGCGAAGGUAGAAACAGGAAAAUAAAAAUAAAAAUCAAUGGCGUCGGGAGACAGGAAAGCAUCGAAGGCAUCGAGCAGUCGCGCAGGAAGAAUCCGUACACUAUCGGAUCUGAACCGGCCGUCGGUCGACUCCGACAGCGACUCUGACGGGCCGCAGGAGUACUACACCGGUGGCGAAAAGAGUGGAAUGCUUGUCCAAGAUCCUUCAAAGGGCAAUGAUGUGGAUGCAAUUUUCAAUCAAGCCAGGCAACUGGGAGCUAUAGAAAGGCCUCUUGAUCAACUCCAGGAUCCACCAAGGUCAACAAGCUUUACUGGAACUGCAAGAUUACUCUCAGGAGAAACUGUGCAAUCGACUUCUCAACAACCUGAGUCUUUUGUUCACAACAUUGUUUUUUGGAGUGAUGGCUUCACUGUAAAUGAUGGACCUUUGAGGAGGUUGGAUGAUCCUGAGAAUGCCUCAUUCUUAGAGAGUAUCAAAAAGUCUGAGUGUCCAAAAGAGCUUGAACCUGCGGACAGGAGAUCAUCAGUCAAUGUUAAUCUCAUAAGGAGGACUGAAAAAUAUCCGGAACCCGAAAAGCGCCAUCUUCCAUUCCAGGGAGUAGGUAGAACUGUAGGAAGCAGCUCUACUUCAGCAGCACCCGAAACAACUGUUGCUUCAGGUUCUGGUCCGUCUAACGCUCCUACCCCUUCUGCAGGACUGGUUGUGGAUCAGUCUUUGCGGUCAACCUCAGUACAGAUUAGGCUAGCUGAUGGAACCCGCUUGAUAUCUCAUUUUAAUUAUCAUCACACAAUCAGCGAUAUCCGUGCAUUUAUUAAUGCGUCUAGACCUGGGGGUGCAUUGAAUUACCAGCUUCAGGUGAUGGGGUUUCCUCCAAAGCUUCUGACUGAUGAAACUCGGACCAUAGAGCAGGAAGGACUGGCAAAUUCGGUGGUCCUCCAGAAAUUCUGAUAAACUGCAUAAAACCUGCUGCUUCCUGGACAUUACUGGUUUAAUGGCGGUCUUUAUAAAUUGAACUUAUUUUCUCUGCAUCAAACUUGACAGGGUUUAAAGACAGUUUCUUCGAGGGCUUUUUGCUUUUGACGACCUAAUUGGUGUUAUUCAAGUUUUAUCGUGUAUUUUUCUUGAUUUAGGAUCCAGUUGGAUUGAAGCUUUGAACCUAAUGCCUGUGUCUUUCUGCUAGUAUAAGUCUAUGAGAGGUGGUUUUAUUUAUCACUAUUGAACUCUCUUGUUUCACUUGUCCAAAUGUAGAAAGUGCCAUGUCUAUUGAACUUUGCAAAUGUUGAUAUUUAAUCUUCUACAAAA